CACUAGAAAGAAAAUGAGUGUUCCUUGCCAUCUCCCUAUACUCUUUUCUCUGCUGCUCUAUUUGGGUUUCUGUUUGUGUUCUGGACCCUGUUAUAGAGAUGAUGAUUGUCCUAAACUACAUAUGCAAUGCAGAAUAAAUGGAAGUGCUGGCGGAGUGUGUGAGUGCUCUGAUGGUUGGAUAUCCUGGAAGUGGGAGUGCCAUCCUGCUGCAGCACUUGGGGAUCCCUGUGUCACUUCCACUCAGUGUCAAGCUAAGAAUGAGAAAAGUAUGUGUAACCCUAUCAACAGUCGGUGCAGUUGUGAGAGAGGCCACACUCCUACCAGAGCCACGCCCACUGUAUCCCUAGGGGAGGAGCAGAUGGAACAUGAAGAGGUUCCGAAUCUGAUCUGUAUACAGGAUAAGGUGUAUACAACUGAAUCAUUUGACGCUGUCCCUAUUUUUAUAGAGGAUAAAAAACUAGCAAGACCGAGGCACCCUCCAACCCACGAUGCUAUUCAUAAAGCCGUCACUCAGGCGGUUAGUAACAAUCGCAGGGUCUUUUUCGGAGAUACCGUUGUUCUACUUGGACUUAUUCUUCUUGGACUCGGGGUAGCAGGAAUAGCAACAGCCUUGUACUUCAAAACCGUUCAAGAGAAGAGAAUGUCACAGGCUGCUGUAAGAUCUCUGCUAAACCUGAUCCAGGAGAACGAAGGAAUGAAAAGAAAUUACACCUCUGAGAGUUUAAAAACCCAGAAUACAGAUAUAGAAUCAGCAGAGGAAAAAGAGAGGAAGGAAAGGAACAUUCUAGAGAAUCUGGAGAAUAAUAGAUUCGAGGAUUCCUUCAAUCCUGCAAUAGAAUUUGGUAGCUUACCUAGUCUACCUAGCAAGAUAACUCUACAACCGCUUGAGGGAGAAGGAAUUAUUAAAUUUCCAUCCCCUCACAUGUCCCACGCUACCCUUCCUCCAAUCAAAGGAAAGAAGAAAAACAAAGACGACUUUGAGGAGAAGAUAAAUCCAACCAAACCAAAUAAUUUUGAAAGUUUGCAACUUUCCCCGAAGUCUCGGUACCCGGUAGAGUAUAGAGACCCUAAAUCUCUCCCUUGUAACGGGUUUGAGAGUAAUUUCGUUGAGGUUGGACCCAAGAAGGUUGAGGGAGAAGAGGAUCUCUCCAAGCUACCAAUGCAAACUCUAAGCUUUAAAAACUUGGAAAAUAUUACAUAUCAACGGAAUACUCCAGAAUUCUCAAAAUCGGCAGCUUCGUUUCCAGAUGAAAACAAGUUUUUUGAAGAAGCUCCCCCGAGCUACGCGGAUCUACUCAAAUAAAAGGAAACUCUAAAACAAAUGUUUUUUCACUAUAAAAUAUAAAAAAGAUUUUAGUAACAUGUUAAAGAAAUGUUAUCAAAAACUGAAUGACAAAUGGUACCAGAAAAAAGGAGGAUUCGCUACCAUACAUAUUUUAGUUUAUGAACGAUAGUUAGGAAAUGUACUUAAUGAACAGCAUCAUAAAAAUGAAAAAAUAACAUAAU